AAACAGCUGUUUUUGACAGCCGGUGAAUAUUUUUUAAAAGUUUUUUCGUGCUAGUGAUAUUUGCAUUUAUAAAUAUCGAAUUUAGUAAUUUAUAUUUAUUUUUCUAUUAAUAACAUACAAUAAUGUCGAAUAUUGUGCAAUAUAUCAUUGUGCGUAGUGAUCUGCGUUCCAGUUUGGGGUGGCCAUUAGGUGCAGUGAUAGCGCAAUGCUGCCACGCGACAGCGGCCAUAACGUAUUUGUACGCUGAUGAUGAGGACACAAUUUCUUAUUUAAAGGAUUUAGAUAAUAUGCAUAAAGUGGUAUUGGAGGCUAAAGAUGAAGCGGCGUUAGUGAAGCUGGCGGAAAAACUAAAAACAAAUGAAAUUAAACAUAAGCUAUGGAUAGAACAGCCAGAAAAUAUUCCAACGUGUAUAGCAAUAAAACCCUAUGUCAAAGACAAUGUGCACAAGUUUGUUAAAAAUCUAAAAUUGCUCAAAGAAUAAAAAAGAAAAAAAAGUAUAAUUGGAGUGACAAUCUUGUUGUAAUUAAUCGAUACAUUCGCUGAUGGUAUAGAAUACUGCUCUAACGCAAAUUUUUUGGAAUUCUACAUUUGAAUAAUUAAAGCUGUGAUUGCUCUAGCGAUUUAUUCCAAAUUAGUGAAAAGUUCUUGAUAAGAAAGAUACCCGGGUCUGUAUCGGCUACAUAAACCCGCUUGUCGUAGGAACGGUUUAAAUUAAUAAAUUAGUGCCGGUUGAGUAAAGUCAUCUGCAUCCAUGGUACUUUUAAUUUAUCAAAAUUCUUAGAAAUCGUCAUGAAAUUAUGUAUGUAGUGCCUUAUAAUAAACGAAAACACUAAACAAAGUUUUUUUUUCAAAAAAAUAUUUUUGACCCCUAAAAUGACCUAACAAUAUAAAUAGUUCAAAACAUGAAAAGUAUGCGGCCACUUGGGGUUUUGUUAUAUAUAUAUAUUUAUUUAAACAGUAAAUAUUUCGUAUAUUAAAAAUAUUAAUUACAUUAAAAAAGUUUUGUUAAAACAAUUUAAAACUACGAAUGAACAAUAAAAGUAAAUAUAAGAUUGUUUCCCUAAAUGCAAAUCGCCUUUAAUACAAUAUAUUUACGUAUAUAAAUAUGAAUCUAUUGUAAGUGUAUAUAAGUAGCUGCUUUAACGUAAAAGUUUAUAAUCCAUUCUCUAUUCUCGAUACACAAAAUGAUAAUUAUUGUAUAUGCCAUUAAAUUCUUCGUAAUUUCUUAAAUAUUCGCUGAAUUUGUAAACUCUUUUUGUCGUUUGUUAUUGGUGGUAAUUGUGUUAAAUAAAUGUGUGUAUAUAUUAAUAAAUAAUAUAUAGUACAUGAAUAAAUAGCACCCGUUUUCGGAGUGAUUUGGUUCAUACAAUCAUUAUUUAAUACAACUAUUUCUAAUUGUGUUAAUUCAUUACGGCACUUUUUCCUCUAAACAUAAUGCACUGUUAUUAUAUUAAUAUGCUUGCUUAAAUUAAAUUUAAAAUAGUUUUAACUGCCAACGGUAUAAAUAAGAAACUAACAUUUAUAUAUAUGUAUGAGUGUAGUUGCUCGGUAGUAAUUUUAGAGAUUCGGCUCGACAUCGUUUAAUGCUGCACUUUUGUUAACAUUUACAGAAAAGUUUCUAUCUCAUUCUUGGAUAUUCUGAUCAGCUGUAAAUAGCGGGUUUGUGCAUUCUAAUUUCGUGCAGGUCUCUGAAUCGCAUUUAAUUCUUCCUUCAACCACUGCUGCCAAUUUUCCUGGAAAAUGUAUUACACAAAACCAAUUAGUUUUUGAACAGUUAGAAAUUAUGUGCGUCUAAAUGAAAAAUAUAAUUAAAUUAAGAGCUGAU